GUUUUAAAAAGUCAGUGUUUCUUGUCAGUGCACUUUGUUCGGGUGCUCAAUCUACCCAGGUAUGUAAAAAUUACCUUGUGUUACAUUUCAUGACCUAAAUCCGUAUAACACCACAUCAAGAAAUCAGCGAUGUGAUAUGUUGAAGGUAUUUAGUCGGGUAGGUGAUGGUAAAUAUGGUUUUAGCCAUAUUCUGGCUGAAAUAGAAGCUCUCUUGUCUGGCGCCGACGCCUGACCAUCCAUAUGGAGCCCCUUCCCAACAACGCCCAAGAUGUUGCACGCUGCAGUCUGUGUGAAACUGCCGCCUUGUUGUUCUGUGAAGUUUGUGACAUUAAUUUAUGUAAAAAAUGUGCAGACGAUCAUCUAUUUGAUGCAUCAAAAGUUCACAGUGUGGUUUCACUAAAACAACACUGUACAACUGAAAAUUAUCCAAAAUGUGGAGAACACGUCACCAAACCAUGUGAGCUUCACUGCGAGCAAUGUGAUGUUCCUAUCUGUGUGAAAUGUGUGACACAGCGGCAUUCUGGUCAUCGUAUUGUCGACUUUUCAGAAAACCUCCAAGAAAAGAAAGACACCGACGGAGAACGUCUUUCUGAGCAGACUGAUUCUCUGUCGUCGUCCUCGUCAUCUUCAACAGAAGAUGUAUAUACAAACCCGUUCCUGCAGGAAGCCGCCGAGUUCUUUCACCCAAACAGGUCAUCUUUAGAUACAUAUACGGUCGUGGCUGCUAUAGAUACAUCCAAGGUCAUUGCAGCUAUAGAUACAUCCAAGGUAACUGCAGUAAUAGAUACAGGGCAUAUCCAUCUAAAUAUUGUGGCUUGUCUGAACGAUGAAAAUAUUUGGACCUGUGGCAAUGACAAAAUGAUAAGACUUUACAACCUGCAGGGAGAACAGGUAAAUUCAGUAAAAACCAAGUCGGGCAACAGACCAGAAGACAUUGCAGUGGACCUGGGUGGUGAUCUUAUUUAUAUCGAUUACAGUGACAGAACUGUAAACAUAGUGCAGAAUACACUAACAGAUUGCACUUUCAUCAGAUUACAAGGGUGGAGUCCUCGCAGUGUCUGUAGUACCGUCUCUGGUGACCUCUUGGUAAUCAUGGACAGCGAUGAUGAAAAAACAAAAAUGGUGCGCUACUCUGGUUCCACAGAGAAGCAACAGAUUCAAUUUAAUGACAAAGGCCAAUCUCUCUUUUCAUCCGGUGGUAUCUUAUGUUGUUGUGAGAACCAGAAUCUGGAUAUCUGUGUGUCAGACUGUGACGCAUAUUUAGUAGUGGUCGUCAAUCAGGGCGGGAAACUCCGAUUUAUGUACACAGGUUCUCCCUCUACUACCAAGCAAUCGUUCAGUCCGCGCGGCAUAACCGGAGACGGCCAAAGUCAGAUCUUGAUAGCAGAUUUCAACAAUAAUUGUAUCCACAUCCUGGAUCAGGACGGACAAUUCCUCCGCUACAUUGACAACUGUGGUCUACAAGGUCCGUGGGGUUUGUGUGUGGACACCAGAGACAACCUCUUCGUGGCCGAGUGCUACACUUGUAAAGUUAAAAAAAUCCAAUAUCGUUCGUGAUUUUCCUUAGGUUGCUGAAAUCGAUAAACGGAGCAUGUAGAUUUCAGUCCUUUCAGUUUCUCCAGAGCUAUGAAUUGCAACCAUUUUCCCGAAGAAAUACAUAUUCCAGCGUCUUUGUCUAAGAUAAAAAUACGAAUCGAUUUUUGUAAUAUAUUUUCCAAUACAUUUCAAUAACAAUUUUAAUAUUCAAUCGUAUAAAUUGCUGUAAAUAUAAGCAAUAAGGAAGCAUUCGUUGGCUAUUAGGAGGUGAUCACGGUCGGGGCUUUUCACACAAUAUACCCAAAGAAUGUGUCAUUGUCAAGAUGGAGAGGUGACUAAUUAUGCACUUUUUCAAAAUGUUUUUAGAGGAUAAAAAAAAACAGUCCAUUAAUAUGACAAUGUUGUUUCAAACACUACUUUAAAUGCUAAUUAUUGCAUGGCUCACUGGUUUCGUUCUGGAUUAGUGACUAAAAACACGCAGUGCUUUGCGUUCAAAUCCUACUGGUGAAACCUUUUUUUUUUUAACUUUUUGGUUUUUAAAUGUAUGUUGAUAAACAUGUUGUUGAAUUUUAGAAUAUCGGUAUACUUUAAUUUGUCAUUAUUGAUUUCUGCCGUGUGAACACUAUUUUCUGUUAUUAUAACUAGUUUAAUAAGAUAUGUAUAAAAUAUUUAAGCAUUUAAUGCUUAUUUUUGGAUGUCGUCGGUCCUAUGACACACCCUGAAUGCGGUGCAGACAAAUUGAAUACAGUGCGUUAGCGCGGUAUUAUAAUUUACUGUCUGCACCGCAUUGGUGUGUCAUAGAUUUGAUUUGAACAUAUUUUAUUGUGUAAAUUACACAAAAGGAUUGGAA